AUGAACUAUGUAGAUCAUAAUGUGUAUGAAUACAUUGAGGGGUGUGUGAAUUAUGAUGCUGCCAUUUCCACAUUGGAAAAGUUAUAUGUUAAGGCACCAAAUGAAAUAUUCACCAGGCAUUUACUUGCUAUUUGCCAACAAAAGGCAGGAGAAACUUUGGAUGAGUUUUUGAGAGAAUUGCAUAAAUUAGGCAAGGACUGUAAUUUAAAGGCAGUUAGUGCAGAACAGUACAGAGAGGAGCUGAUCAGGGAUACUUUUAUAAAUGGCCUGGCCUCACCUAUGAUUCGGCAGCGUCUUCUUGAAAAUAAAACUCUAGACGUAGAGGCAGCUUACGACCAGGCUUACUCUUUAGGCCUUGCGCAACGUAAUGCUAGUUUUUACAGUCACAUGCUUCUUCAUGUUGGGCAUACUGCUGCUGUGGUUACCCCUGAUCAUGCUCUUAUUGCAGAUGAUCAUGUGAAGAGUGGACCAACGUCCGAGAGCUGUGAGUCAUCUGUUCUUGCGGCUAACACUGGAACCACUUUUCCUCAGAGCCUCUAUCGGGCAGCUACCACAACAACAAUCAAUGGACGGAAGUUGACAGCCCUUGUCAACUCAUGCAGUGAUGACAGUUAUAUAGAUGCAGAUGUAGCAUGGGAAUUGAAGCUACCAAUACAUCCCACCAAUAAAGACGUUGCUUUAGCACAGAAAUCUUUGCAUACAAACUCUCAGGUUAUUCAAUGUGGACUUGACUCUUCAUCUUAA